AUGACUACUUCUUCAGUGAGAGUUGCUUUACGUGUUAGACCACUUUCAGAACAAGAACAAAAUAAUGUCAUUUCUUUUAUUCCAAAUAACCAACAACAAAUCGUUUUAAACGGUGAUCGUUCUUUUACUUUUGAUUAUGUCUAUCCACCUUCUUCUGAUCAAAAUGAUGUUUAUUCAACAUGUGUUGUGCCUCUAUUAAAUAAAUUUAUAGAAGGGUACAAUGCUACUAUUUUAGCUUAUGGACAAACAGGCAGUGGCAAAACACAUAGUAUGGGCAUUGGCCUUGAUAAUAUCAUGAAAAUGUCGAUGAAUGACCAUGGCAUCGUGCCUCGAUUUAUCCAUGCGUUAUUCAAUCACCUUCAAACAAAGCAAUCACCCCAUUACUCUUCUCAAGUCUCUGUCUCCUUUCUUGAACUGCACAACGAGGAUCUUGUUGAUCUUUUAUGUCCUGUCAGAAAAAGAGAAGGAUUGAAUCUAACCAUUCGUGAAGACAGCCAUGGCAAUAUUUGUUGGUCUGGUGUAAGAGAAGAAGUGGUGGCCAAUGCGACUGAAUUACUAGAAAUACUUCAAAAGGGUUCCAUUGCUCGUACAACAGCUUCAACCGACAUGAACCACACAUCGUCUCGAUCCCAUGCUAUAUUUUCCGUUGUUUUAAAACAGUUCUUACAACAAGAUACUACAGAUGAUGAAUCAACAUUACAUUCAGACAUGGAAAUAAGCCAAACACCUAUUGAAAAGAAACUGGUCUCUAAAUUUCACUUUGUUGAUCUUGCUGGCUCAGAACGACUUAAGCGAACCAAUGCUGUAGGUGAUAGAGCCAAAGAAGGUAUUUCUAUCAACACAGGCUUAUUAGCAUUGGGUAAUGUCAUUUCAGCCCUUGGCGAUGAAUCGCGCCGUGUAUCUCAUGUCCCUUACCGAGAUUCUAAACUCACUCGACUCCUUCAAGACAGUCUGGGUGGUAACAGUCAGACCCUCAUGCUUGCUUGUGCUUCACCUGCCUCUGCUAACCUGACAGAGACAUUAAACACACUCAAAUACGCGAAUCGAGCUCGGAACAUUCGUAACCGUGUCGCUAUCAAUCAUCAACAAGACAACAACAAUAAUAAAAAAGAAGAACGACUCAAGGCCACCAUUACGCGAUUAAAGCAAGAACUCAAGAGCACAGAUGAUUUCUUACGUGCAGUCAACGAUGAGAUGGACAGUCUGAAGACACAAGUAGGGUCGCUUCAACAAACACUUGAUCAAACAGUAUGCGAAUUAACACAAGUCAAAUACGAGCGCGAUUCAUUGAAGCAUCAAUGGAUGCAAGCAACAGGUCAAACAGAAGUUGAGAUACAAGAUGAUCAUAUUGUGAAAGAAUACAUGAGCACGAUUGAAUCUCUCAAGGCCGAAUUAUAUCAAACACAACAGAAAUUGUUGCAGAAGAAUGUAGCGCUUCAAAUUGACCAUAUUGAUUCUUCUUCGACGCUUGUAGGAUCACCUUGUCAAUCACCUUAUCUUGAGCAACCACCAGACAAAAAAAGAAAAAAGCAACACCGUGUCAGCAGUAAACGGUCAAAGAUUGUCAUGCGUAAAAGCGCUGUUCCUUCUGUCAAUAACAGUGCAACUGAUGCAGAAUACUUGCAAUUUGCCAAGUUUGCCAAUAGUAGCAAUGAAACGUGGGAAGAAAAAUACAAACGACAUACGAUACCUUCACAAGAAAACAACAAACGUAUUCUUCAAAAGCUUGCUUCUGCCAUUGAAAGUAAGCACCAACUGUUGCAUCAAUUUGAGAAAUCAGAAAAACGCCAUGUAGAUCAGAUCAAACAACUUGGCCGUACAGUCAAUGACCUGGUGGCCAAAAAGACAGCAUCGACACAACACCUGAAGCGUGAACUCAAUGAAUUACGUACUCAGUAUGAAGCUCGGCUCAAGAAACAACAAGGCGAACAAGUAGCCUUACGUCGUAAACACCUUCAACUCAUUCGUUCUUCAGACCGUCUUCGUCUUCAACAGGAAUCAAUCAUUGAUCAAUGCCAUCGUACCAUUGAGAAACUAGGCCAUGAAAAGAAAAAACUACUAAAGCGUAUCAAGAUAGAAGCGGACCGGGCUAAAGAAAAAGCAAUGCAAAGUGAACAAGAAAUCAAAAAGAUGAAACGACAAGAAGCUCAAGCAGUCACUCUCAAAAAACGAUUAGAACGUGAAUUAGGACAGCAAAAAGCAGCUUGUAAACGUGCGACAGAAGAAAUUGUGGCCCUGAGUGGUCAAAUGAAACAAAUUGCUGCCAUUUUGAAAAAAGUCAUGGCAUCAUCAAUCGCAUUAUCACAGCGAAAUUUGUUGGCUAAGGCUAUCGCUUGUGCAAGUGUCCGAGGCUAUCUUGUGAAACAAAAUGCUGUCAAAAAAGCAGGUGGCAAGUUUCAAGUCACUACAUUACAGCAAAAUGUAUAUCAAAAAAAGAAAUUUAUUCACAAGGCUCUUUCACUCUAUGUCAGAGGUCAAUGUUCAUCGCAUCCAAUGAUUCGAGAACUAGUUCAAAAGCGUGAUCGACUCUUGGCAGAACAGAAAGAGCUUUUGUCAGAACGGCAAUUAGUGUUAUUAGAAGAUCAAGAAGCCAUGGACUCAACAGAACCACAAUACAUGGACGAGCGUAUUGAUUUGAUCACAGUCGAGCUAGACACUUUAAACCAACACAUUGAUCGUCUUACAACACCUCUUUUAGAGCAUGUUGAGCAAGAGAACGAAGUCAACUGGAUUGAUGACCAAAUGGAUCAACAGGUGGCUUAUGAACUUGCUUUGUCUCUGAUUCGCUCGCUCGAACCUGAAGAAGCACGGCUAAUCUCUGAAGCAUUACUGGAAGAUGUGAUUGCACUCAAGACAGAUUACUUGGCUCAUUCAUCGUCUAUGCACCAUUUAAAUUCUGUGGUGCAUAUUUUACAAACAGCGCUUGUUCAGAUGCGCAGAGCAUCCAAUCAGUCUGCUGUGUUCAUGACUACCCUACAAAGCCCUGUUCGUACACAGUAUGGACUUGUUUUACCAGAAUAA